AUGGCAUCUAAAGUACUUUAUGAGCGCGAAAACGGCACGACUAAUUUCCUACGUUGUGUGCAGCUUUUGAUAGACGUUGGUAGACGAGUAUACCGACGUCUUCUCGGACAUUACGUUAUUCAGGAAACCGGAAGCAAAGAUUUGUCCGCCUUCCUUAGAACGCAUAAGAGUACGUUAGAGUCGUUAAGUCGACGAAAGUUUCUUCACCAGUGUCAAUUUGAUCUUCUUUUCCCAUCCAACAAAGCGGCCACUGAUUGCAAAGGAUGGGACCUCACUUUGUUGGGACUUGUGUUGAAUAACUGUGCAUCUUUGUCUCAGAAUGAAGAGCAAGCUUUAAGCGUAUUACGUCAAUCGCGUAACAGCGCUAUAGGCCAUUGUACGUCGGCGUCAUUAAGUGACGCCAAGUUCCAGUCUUUGUGGGGCAGCAUUGUGAACGCACUGGAGACACUGGUUAAAGUCGUUAAUGACCAACGUUUUACAGCAGACGUUGAACAAAAGACAAAGAAUAUUUUGAACUCGGUUCCUGAAAACGCUAGACUCGAUCUUGAAGAAGCUCGAAAGAAGUUACAAUUCACAAUUGUCCAAGAUCUGCAUGUGGAGAUAGACAUUAAUCUCACACACACCAAAUCUAGCACUCAUGUGGCUGCUGAAAAUGCAAACAAAGUAACAGAGGAAACAAUUACUUUACAAACGACCCAGGACUUUCUAUUAAAGAGAUAUGAGCACAUAACGGAAAUGCACGUUUUGAGUUGCGUCCAGAGUAGCGUUAACGUGGGUGGGAUUUACGUCGACUCAACAAUCUGUAACGCAAAACAACGUUACGGCUUCUUCCCUAAUGCCGAAAAGCACGCGGAGAGAGUGACGUCAUACCAGCAGUUUUUUGACGGCGAGAAUCCAAAAAACGUUUAUUUGAUUGGCUCCUCCGGCAGAGGAAAAACAACAUUCUGUCUUCAGAUGAUCCACCGUUGGUGUAAAGGAACGCUUCUACGUCAAGAGGGUGCUCCUAUGGAUGAAAACGAGACAUAUCUCUGUGAAACGUUCGACGUCAUAUUGCUCGUGUAUUUGGCCAACGCUCUCCGUGGCAAUUCCGUCAUAGACAUGAUUAAGGAUCAGCUGUUCGUAGAAAAUCAGAGGCAUUACGAUUUCGUCAUGAAGCAUCUUUCUCAGCACCCGAGGCGAGUGCUGCUUAUUCUCGAUGGCUAUGACGAAUGGCAAGGCUCGGACGAUGGGAAACUCCCUAGCAGGGAACAUCUGAACAAUUGCGUGACGUUAAUGACGUUACAUCAUUCAAAAGUGGGAAGUUUGCCUAUCAAGCAUUCGGAUCAGUUGUAUGAGCUCCAAGAACUGGACGAGAGAAGCGUACGAAAGCUUGUAGAGAAAAUCGCCCGGUCCGUAUGUGGCGAUGACCAAGGACGCCGCGUCAAUGCGUGUCUUCAAGCGCUGAAACAACGUCACCUGACGUUAGUGACAGAGAUACCGCUUGUUCUGACGUACUUGGUCUGCUUUUGGUACGAUACCGGAGGGUUUGGGGACUCCAGGACCGAUAUCUACUUCCAGUUGCUACAGUUCUUGCUCAACAAGAGUACGAAAAUAAACCAAACACGCAGAAGUGACGACAGACAUCAAACAAAGUUACCGAAGCUUAUCGAAAAAUACAACAUUUGUCGCUAUUUUGAAGAGUUCCUUCUAUCUCUUGGACGAUUUGCUUUCGAUUGUUUGUUAAACGAACACAGCCCGACUACAUUUACGCGACUGUCGCUCGAGAGCUUACUCGGGAAAGACAAGAUUGAUCUAGGUCUGUCCACUGGACUUCUUGCACUGUCUCCAAUGCCAAGCGCGCAGUCGCCUGGGAGAGUGGACGUCCGGUUUUUCCACAACACAGUUCGAGACUAUCUCGCUGCAGUCUAUGUCGCGUCAGAUCCAGAUCAUUCAAAACCAAUCAAAAAACUGUUGGCGUAUGUUGAUACGUUUGAGAAAGUUCUUGAUAUGUCUGAUGUCAUGAUAUUUCUCUGUGGACUUAUGCCACAAGAUGGGGAACAGAUAUCAACCCAUAUCGCGGCGUUGUCUUCAACUUCACGGCCAAUUCAGACCUACCGUAACAGCUUGGACGAGCGAUAUGUAUUCGGCCGUCGGCAGCAAUUGUCCACGUACAAAUACGCCAAAUUGAUUCAAAAAUUACAGUUGCGCUGCUACCGAGAGACUGAGCGAAACAGAAAAUACUCAUCAUCAAAACCAGUUGUUGUCAAAUCUGUUGGAGGAGUCCUAUUUACAACGCCGGGGCGAAAGCUGAGAUUUACACUAAAUGACGUAUUAGUUGUCGACCAAGUAAGUGACGUCAUUCUUGAUGUAAUUUCAUGUCAGAACGUUGAUGACCUAAAAUCCAUCUACGUCGACGUGCCUGGGAAGGAAGACACUUCUCUUGUCCGGCUUGUCAUUGCGAAGUGUACAGUUGUCGAAAGAUUGCAUCUGGACGAAGCCAGCUCUCACGUUAUCCUUACAAUGAACGCAGUACAGCUGAAACUUCUGACGUCUUUGACGUUAGUUUUGAAGGAUAUUCCAGCCCUUCCAUCAUCAUUCUGUGCCUUGACGUCGCUGUGUUACCUGUCCCUGGAGGUAUCCGGUAGUCACCAAAUGGUAAAGGACCUUCAGGCGUUACUCCUUUCCAGGACACAACUGAUUGAGCUGGAAUUGGAAAAAGUCCGAUGUAUGGACCACCAAAAAGCGCUCGAGGAAUGCGACUUCAGUCUAAACUUGACAAAGCAAACGCGAUUACGUCGAAUUUACCUCAACGACGUCAAUAGCGAAUGUACGACAUUGCCGCUUAGUGUUAAUGACGUCAAUGUAAGUGGACUUGUGAGAAACGUGUCUUCAGUUUUCAGAAGUUUUGACAAGCCGACCGCGACGGUGACUGAGCUUGGUGUUGGUCACGCAGGUACCUUCCUCUGGACCCAGUUCGAUUAUAGAACUCUGUUCGAAACCCUACCCAACAUGCACUACCUUUGCUAUGUGUCUAUUGUCGGAGUCAAAUACUAUGACCUAGCUCUGAGCUCACGUGCUAAAGACUUGAAGGAAGUAUUUCUCCAUGACGUCAUGAUGUAUGAACAUGGCUGGCUAUCAUUCCUAACAAGUCUGAGCAACGGUACAUCUACGUCCGACGUCGAGAUACUGAAUUCAAACGUAUACUCCAAACAUGGCGGAAGCCAGCCUCUGACGUCAAACCGUGCAGUUGAGGAAUUCAUUAGGAGUCAUUUUAUCAACGUAGUCGUGACGCCGACGUCUUUCAAAUUCCAGACGCGGGUGUAACAAAUGAAAGGAAUGGGGCAUAACUUUUAAUAAGGUUAUCUUGUAUAAGAACGGGUUCCUUCCCUUGCGUUAAAAACUUUUGUGACCAUCGUUUUGUUUUCUCUUGGUAACUGAACAUAAAUCAUUAACAUAAAACAUAAUAUUUCUG